UUAUUAUCCGCAUAGCUUUUCAUACCUGGGGACAAUGUUGGCUCCGUAUACAACGGUGCACCGUAUCUCGCUGCGAGGGACUAGUGAGGGUCUGAGCCCGGUACAAAGAGCAACAAGGGUGAGCGGACAGUGACGAGCAUCUGAAGCGGGGUUCGCUGAUUCUAGGAGAUCUCCGUUGAGCUUGAAGAGCGCCAAGCAAGGAGGAAUCUCUGCGGUAGCCCGUGUUUCUUUCUCUUUUCUCGUCGCCUCUUUUUUCCACCUCUGGCCACGUUAGUAGGCCGACAGUACAGCCCAAAGCCUCCGGUGAAAGAGCUCUCGGGAAUGAGGGUUUUCCUAUCGUUCUUUCAACCCUAGCAUAGAGCUGACAGGAGUGACGGACAAAGGAGGACAAUAAGGUAAAAAGAGCUCCAAUACUGUUGGAGAUGGCAACUGGAACAUUGGGUACCUAUUCACCAUCGCAAAGCUUGGAACGGAGACAUCAACAACAGAAAAGGACAGAUUUUCAAGAAGUUGAUUGGGCUCGAUCUGAUGGUCGGAAUUUCCAUCAGUGCAGACCUGCCUUUCUCAGGACAGGUGCUGCAAGCUCUGCAUCAGGUUCAGCAUAUGCUGAGUUUGGCUCGACCAAGGUCAUUGUAUCUGUGUUUGGUCCAAGGGAAAGCAAGAAAGCAAUGCUGUAUAGUGAUGUUGGUCGUUUAAAUUGCCAUGUGACCUAUACAACUUUUUCCACUCCUAUACGUGGCCAGGGGUUUGAACAUAAAGAAUAUUCAUCAAUGCUUCACAAGGCAUUAGAGGGUGCUAUCAUGCUGGAAACUUUCCCAAAGACCACCGUUGAUAUUUUUGCACUGGUACUGGAGUCUGGUGGUGGUGAUCUUCCUGUCAUUAUAAGCUGCGCAAGCCUUGCUAUUGCUGAUGCUGGAAUCAUGAUGUAUGACCUUGUGUCUGCUGUUUCACUGAGUUGUUUCGGAAAGAAUAUGGUAAUUGAUCCGACGUCAGAGGAGGAAGCAUGCCAAGACGGAAGCCUGAUGAUUACAUACAUGCCAUCCCGUAAUGAGGUCACCCAGUUUACACUCACUGGAGAAUGGCCCACUGCCAGAAUCAAUGAGGCUAUGGAACUAUGCCUUGAUGCUUGCUCAAAGCUUGCAGAUAUUCUGAGAUCAUGUCUCAAGGACAAUGCUUCGGAGUUGACAGCUUGAAACUUUAUGCUUCAAGUUUUUUUUUUUUUUCUAUUUGACCAUCCAACAAAAAAAAAAAAAGCACGUUAAUUAGUGCUUCUUGUUUUCACGUUAUGGUGCAGAACUCAACAUUUGUAUUAUUUUCCAGCCCUCCUCUUUCAGUCGUUUUUAUUGACCUGUUGAUGUUGGCAAGUGGUACACAACUAUAUCAAACUGCCAUGCUUUGGUGUGGAAUUUCGUUA